AAUAUAGAUUUCUUCUAAGUUCUUUUGCGCAAUGCAUUUUCUUUCUUGAAAUUCUAUUGUUUUUCUAGUUUAUAACUAGCAGUUUCUGUUCCAAGUGUAGAUCAGAAGGUAAAGGUAACAAACGCUUUCCCCAAUGGAGAAUGAAAAGAGAAAGAGUAAUUCAAGAAACUCUUCAAUACCUGAAGAGAUUAUUUGUGAUAUAUUUUCUAGGCUUCCUGUUGAUUCUUUAAUGCGCUUCAAGUGCCUUUCUAAAUCUUAUAAUGCUCUUAUUUCGAAUCCAUAUUUUGUAGAUACCCAUCAUAGCCACUCUAUAUCUCAUCCUGGUAGGAUAAAAUUCCUCACACGUUCAAGGGAUGGAAAUUUUUCUUACACCAUCGAUCAGAAGGUGGAACAAAAAAGAUCCAGUGUUGUUCGUAUUGAGCAUUAAAUAUGAUGGAUUUGAUUAUGUUAACGGUUUAUUCUGCUUAUGGAGUGCAAUGGAGCAUCCCCCUGUUAUUUAUAAUCCGACUACAAGAAUAGUAAGAUAUCUUCCUUGCCUCGAUUCCAUUGAUCAUAGAUUUACCUGUUAUUCCUAUUCAUUUGGUUUUGAGUUGGAUGGAAAGAAGUAUAAAAUAUUGAUGAGUAGUCAUCCCCUAGAUCCGAACUCACUCACAAAACAUUGGGUUUUAACUCUCGGCUCAAAUGAAUCAUGGAGAGAGAUUAAAAGUGAACCUUGUUCGUCAUUACUGUUACUGAGCAGAGGACUUUGCAUGGAAGGAUUUAUCUAUUUUCUAGGUAUUCAUGAAGAUAAAAGAUGCAUAGUGACAUUUAAUGUUAGGACGGAGAAUUUUAGAAUUAUCUCAUUGUGGGCCGACGUAAUAGAUGUUCUUGGAGGAAUAUUUUGUAACUUGAUGCAAGUUAAAGGAAAAUUAGCUGUCAUCAGUCAGUCGAGAUGGAAUGUGAAUGAGAUCUAUUUGAGGAUUUUACAGAGUUGUGAAAAUGAAGAAUGGGUGAAGCACACCAUCACGUUUUCUGAGACACUUUGUUCUAGCUUGAUGAAGAAUUUCAUUGGUUGCAUUUCUGGUAGUACUCCUGAUGGUGAGAUUGUGUUCAUCUCUAACUCGAUGUUCAACGGAAGCUGGAUUGUUUAUUAUGAUUUGAAGAAGAAGAGUUAGAGAGAAACAAAAAUCACGGACCUUGCAGAAAAUGUUAGGAUUAUUGGUAUCUACAGUCAUGUAGAUAGGCUCUUAUCGUGUAUCUAUUGUUAAUUCUGAAAUAGAUUAUCUUGGAGCAUAGUUUUUCUGUUUUUUAAGGUAUUAAUUCUCAUG